AUGAUUCCCUCUUCCGACUACAGCAACAAUGUCCCUGCCACUGCUGAAAUUACCACUACCUCCUCUAGUAGUGGCAACAGUAGAGUGACCAAAAUCAAUGUCAUCAGUGACUCAUCUGCCACCCCUAUCACCAUCAAUUUCUGCAAUAGCAACAAUAGAAGCAAAAACAUUGUUGGUGUCAAUAGAGACACCACCGUCACUACCACCACAUUCAUCAGUGCAGUUGCUGACAAAUCCAACAGCAAAGACAACAACCACUGCAUUGGCGACAAGGACACCGGAUUUGACCAUUCCAAUUACAGAUUGGUAAAGAGAAGCAACAGCAAUGUAAAAGAAGUCAAAAUUGGUGGUUCUGUAGCUCCAAGAUUUGGCAUCUCCCCGAAGAGUGUUCUUCAAGUCACAGGUUGCAGUAGCUCAGUCUUUGAAUACAGUACUUCUGCAGAUACUGAUUUACAGAGAUGUAGAAGAACCGAUGGUAAGAAAUGGCGAUGUAGUAGGUGUGUUGUUCCUGAUCAGAAGUAUUGUCAGCGGCACAUGCACAAGGGGGGUAAGAAAGCUAUAUAUAGCCUCGGACUCGGCAAUUAUUUUCGGGGCCGCUCCUCCCACAGAUUGGAGUUCUGCUGCUCCUAUUGCUAAACCUAAAAAGCUUGAUAAUCGCAUAAACUUGAACAUCAAUCUCUCUGUCUCAAUCACUCCAAGUCUUCAACAAAAAACAGAUAGUGAAAAUAGUUCUACCAGAAGCAGCAGCAGCAGUGACGCCAC